GAUUCUUCUCAAAUUAAGUUCUAUGAUCAUACGUUGGUUCGAAGAAAGUCUUAAGACUCUGAUGUUAUAAGACUGACAAACAUUUCUCGGUUCGGUUUUCCAGAAAGUCACCAAAUUAGGGCCGAUGCCACGCCGCCAUCACAGCAAUUGAUAAUUGGUUGUUAGAUUAAAAGAUAAGAAGUUACAAUUCUUUUGGAUAAAAGUUAUUUUUCAUUAAAAGUUUAUGUUCUUUGCUGAACAGUUUGAUUUAUUUAGAGAAUCCAUCCGUUUAAUCUAAAUCCUUUUUUCAAAUAAAAUAAAAACCAGGUUCCUCAACCCACAGAUAUGACUGAAAUGACUGCCGACAUAAAAUGGAUGUGGAAAAAUGAAUUGUACACCACCAAAUCAGCCCCGGAGGAGUUGGCUUACUACGAGAGGACAGCCAAAGAUUACGAGCCGGAGUUCAGGAGGAAUUUGAAGUAUUGUGGGCCUGAAGUGUGUAUGCAGUCUUUACUUGACUGCGAACAACAGUUUGGCUUCACCGUGCCUCGAAACUGCAGAGUUUUGGACGUCGGAGCAGGCACAGGCCUGAGCGGGGAAGCCCUAAGGAGAGCCAGCUUCAAUGGUCAAAUCGACGCUCUUGAGCCAUCAGACAACAUGUUUUCACAUGCACAGUCAAAGCAUAUUUAUUCACACCGAUACACAGACCUCAUUCUGCCAAAUAAGGAGACCUCGGUGCCCUCCUGUUCAUAUGAUCUGGUAAUUUCAAUCGCAGUAUUCAACACACGCUCAACAAC